AUGGACUCGUUGAAAGACAUGAUUCGACAGGUCGGCGUCAAACCGAUUUUGCGCGUGCGCUGCUCUGCGGACAACCAAUCAGAGAACGGCGUUCGUCGAAACCCGUUUCAUAUCUGCGUCAAUUCGCAUUCGCUCGUCAAAGUUGGAUGGGACGACAGCGUCGAUAUGGAAGAAAGGAAAUACGGACUGGAGCUGCUGAAAUACUCUUUUUCCAGAUUCGAAAGAACUCAAGCUAUCGCAGCCGGCAUAAUACUGAUCGUUUUCGUAAUUGGAUUUUAUUUUUGGUGUCGGAAAACCGGAAGCUCCGACAAACGCUUUGAUUCAGAGAUGCUGUUGUUAUCUCUCAGGAACAUUGUAAACUUUUUACGCGAUUUAGACGAUAGUGCGUUCAUUAUAAGGUCAUACUGCGAAGUGGAACAAGGCACGGGAUCUAGUCCAGGCGAAAAAAUCGCCAAAUGUACAUUCGAGAUCGAAAAAUGACGAUUUGAGGACAACCACAGACUAAAAACGGACUCAAGCUGAU